CAACGCUCCCACUUGCGGCUCCCUCCUGUCCUCAUCGUCCCUCGUGGCUGUAGCCAUGGCUCAUUCUUUCACUCAAGACUGAACGUAUCUUUCGGUUUUCCCUCUUUAUUUCUCCUCAAGGAGGACAUUUCACUUUGUCGCGCGGCCGAGCGCCGCUUUACUCGAGACAGUCAUGGCCUUUCAAGCACCACUUCCCCGGCCGAAUCUCGUUUGCGUAACGUCCGAUGUCUUGCCAUCUAUAUCCACCAUCUUAAAUGCUCCGUGGAAACGUAUCGGGCCCGAUCUUUCGAGACGGUCCAUUCACCAUGAUUCCCAGAGUCGAGUCGUAAAGACGGCACCUGAACGUUUGUCUCUACCGGACUAUCUCGACGCCGUUUCUCUUGAAGCUUUGAAGGCAGACGCUAUCUGCAGGCCUCCAAAGUACGGAUUGACAAGUUCGCUAUUUCGCGCAGGCUUAGGUAAACCUUCGUGGAUCACGUCGACAGCCCCCUCGAUAUUUACACGGUCGAUAUUUACACGGAGUUUUGGUAAUGUCUCCCAGUCUUCUCGGCCAAAUUCUACUCUAUCCGCUCUUGGUUUGAAUUACCUUCGCCAGGCACCCGGAAUCAACGGACUUUCGAAAUUACAACAACAGAGGUUUCUAUUUGGAGGAUCGGCGCAGAACUUGCUGGCUCAGAAGGAAAAGACGGCAAAUAACAACCCAAGUAGUGCCAACGCUCAGAAUGCUUUCUAUCAGGCUUUGCUUCGGGCCAAUAUGCCCUCGAUUGUUAUCGAACGGUAUCGGAAUGGCGCUUUCGCUACCAAUGCAACGACCGAAGCACUCUAUCAGAGAGCUCUUCAGCGUCUAGGAAGCAUCGAUUCUGCGGCACCGAUCCCAGGACAGGCAAAUCAAAAUCUUACUCCUGAACAACUACAGGCCAUUGGCCAAGCUGUUUCGGCUCGCAACUACGGUGGUCAAGUCGGAGUUUCUACGAAACACAACGGUACCGGUGCUAAAGAAGCGCCCUUGUACGUGGUCGUCGAGGAGUCUCUUGGAAGCUCCGUUUUCCGAUGGGUGAAGUUCCUACUCUACUUUGGCUUUUUCACGUACAUAUCUCUCGUUUUGGUAACUAUCCUCGUCGAAACCACCGGUGUCUUGAAGAACAUCAGGGGUCCGCAGAACAACGAGGCACAGCCUCAGCAGCAAAAGGUCCGCUUCAGCGACGUGCACGGAUGCGACGAAGCCAAGGAUGAACUCCAGGAAGUCGUCGAGUUUCUGCUGAACCCAGAACGGUUCUCGGCACUCGGUGGCAAAUUGCCCAAAGGUGUGCUUCUGGUCGGACCUCCUGGUACCGGAAAAACAUUGCUUGCUCGUGCUGUCGCUGGGGAAGCUGGCGUGCCAUUCUUCUACAUGUCCGGUUCUGAAUUCGAUGAAGUAUACGUGGGCGUUGGUGCCAAACGUGUGCGUGAUCUCUUCACCCAAGCCCGUGCCAAGUCACCAGCCAUCAUCUUCAUCGAUGAACUGGACGCUAUAGGUGCUAAGCGAAACGAACGGGACGCGGCCUAUGUAAAGCAGACGUUGAACCAACUGCUCACUGAACUGGACGGGUUUUCUCAGACCAGUGGCGUGAUUGUCCUUGCGGCCACCAAUUAUCCUCAAUUGCUGGAUAAGGCAUUGACAAGACCCGGUCGCUUCGAUAGGAAGGUGGUCGUAGGCCUGCCAGAUGUCCGUGGUCGGAUGGAUAUUUUGCGACACCACAUGGGCAAUGUUCAAGUUGGCACAGAUGUUGAUGUUGCUGUCAUUGCGCGCGGUACUCCCGGUUUCUCCGGUGCGGACCUGGAGAAUCUUGUCAAUCAGGCCGCUAUCCAUGCUAGCCGGAAUCAUCAGACUAAGGUUGGACCCAAGGACUUUGAUUGGGCCAAGGACAAGAUCAUAAUGGGCGCGGAGGCUCGCAGCCGAAUCAUCCAGGACAAGGACAAGCUUCUGACUGCAUACCACGAAGCUGGUCAUGCUCUCGUUGCUUACUUCUCUCCGUCUUCUACACCUCUCUACAAGAUCACUAUUGUUCCCCGCGGAAUGGCUUUGGGUGUAACACACUUCUUGCCGGAAAUGGAUACAGUUUCGAGGAAUUACACCGAGUAUCUGUCUGAUAUCGAUGUUUCUAUGGGUGGUAAGGCAGCCGAAGAACUCAUUUUCGGACCGGAUAAUGUGACCAGUGGUAUCUCAGCGGACAUACAACAAGCGACUGAAACGGCGUUCACCCUCGUGACGCGGUUUGGGUACUCGAAGAAACUCGGGAACGUUGAUCUAUCCACCAACUAUGACAGUCUCUCUUCCGAGACCAAGCAAGAAAUCGAAGCGGAAGUGCGACGACUGGUGGAGGAAGCACGGGCUCGAGCUGAGAAGAUCCUGCAAGAGAGACGGAAAGAAUUGGAAUUGCUCACCAAGGCGUUGAUGGAAUAUGAGACGCUAACGAAGGAGGAGAUGGAGAAGGUCCUGAAGGGUGAGAAGCUGGAGAAGUUGGAAUCAACCCCUGCGGCACCACUCAAACUACCCGAAGCUCUGCAGACGGCCACAUUGAAUCCGUCAGCGGCUGCGGGCGGACCUCCCACCUCAACCGAAUAAUCAAUUACAUUAACCGUGCUUUUUAUUAUUUGUGCUGAAAACAGAAAAGGCAAGGAAAGGGGAGAAAGAAAAUGAAAAUUUGGAUUGGACAAGGGAUUUGAGUGAUAUGGCAUAGCCCUUUUGCGAGUUUGAAUUUGUGAUUGUCUUCUGCAUUAUUAUUAUUAUUUCUAUUAUUAUUUGACAACGACACUGAUACUGGCAUUGACAUUUAUUUAUAUUCCCACCUCUCCAUUCUAUUUUCAUUUAUCCUCUUAUAUUUUCCGAAGUACCGCUGACAACCAUGUAAAGUAACAACAUAUCAAGUGUAUUACACUUAAAUUACUCUUUUCCAUGCCAGUCUCUAUGGAUGAACAGUUACAUAGGGCAGGUGUUUCAUCA